CUGUGGCAUGCUUCGGAAUAGUCAUGAAGUAGAUGGCUCCGCCAGUGAUGACGACCGGAUCGAUACUGUUGCGGUACGGCUGCAGUCAUCCCAUCGCCACAUUGUCCGCACUGUUUCUCGCGUGGAAAUCACUUUUGCUGUUGAUUAUUUUUACCAGCCCAAGACUCGGAUACGACACGUCCUCGAGCUUGUUGUUGUCGGUCGGCGGCAAGAACGAAAACGAGAAUGCCAUCACGGGAUAUCUCUCCGGAACGCCGAACCAGAUCGAAAGUCCGUGGCUGAAAUUUGUCCGUUGGGACGCCAUAUAUUUCACGCAAAUGGCAGAACACGGACACGUCUUUGAACAGGAAUGGGCAUUUGGCAUCGGUAUAUCCUCAACUAUUCGAUGGACUGCAAAAAUCAUCGGACGUACCAUGGACAUCGGCAAUUUGACAGCAUCAUUCAUGGUUGCUGGCGUAUGCUUGUCUCAUGUCGCGCACUGGCUGGCCGUCCUACAGAUAUGGGCCAUAGCGAGCCAUUUGAUGGGUGCUGGUGGCGGUGGGAGCAACAGGAAAUCACAAAAGGAAUCAUCAUCUGAGGUCCCAUUCCUAGCGGCAGUAAUGCACAUCAUCUCACCUGCCGGUGUCUUCUUGUCGACGCCAAACACCGAAAGUCUGUUUGCUUGCCUUUCCUUCUGUGGAUUUUUGGCUUUCCUGUCGGCCACCUCACAGUUCCAUCAAGGCACGGUUCUACGAGGUGCUUGCACCAUGGUCGCUUCAGGAUUGGCAUUUGGGCUUGCAACUUUGAUCCGAAGCAACGGUAUACUCGCCGGCAUACCUUUCCUGAUCGAAGCUGUCAGCAUUGCUUUCGCCGUGCUCUCCUCCCAGGGAGUGUCGUUGUCACGCGUCGUUCGGCUUGGAUCUGUUGUCGUGGGCGGAUUACUGGUAGCCACCGGGAUGGUUUUGCCCCAGGUCCUCGCGUACCAAGAGUAUUGUGCCGGUCAAAGUCCCGGCCAGAGGCGGGAAUGGUGUGAGUGGACGAUCCCGUCGAUUUUUACCUUUGUUCAGUCUCACUACUGGAACGUCGGCCCAUUCCGAUAUUGGACCUUUUCGAAUCUUCCAUUGUUUCUUCUUGCUGCUCCGACCCUAUGGAUCCUUGUUCAAUCUGCCAUUGAGGUCAUGAAGAAACCGGAAAUGGUUAUUCGAGGCAAAUCUCCAUCUUCGUCAUCGUCAUCUUCACCGACAGGCAAGGGAGUGACAAAUACGAGCACGAGCAAAAUCUCCUCCACCAACAAUAAUCAACAUAGACUGGUGGUCGCGGCUAGCCUGGCAUUACCUCAAUUUUCCCUCGCCGUUCUCGCCUUUACGAGUUACCACGUUCAAAUCAUCACGAGAAUCUCGUCGGGUUAUCCCCUUUGGUAUAUUUGGCUGGCUGCAAAGAUCAGGAGUCAAGAAACCAAGAAUACGUCCGUGGCCAUUAUUAUUAUUCGAUGGAUGAUUAUAUAUGCACUUGUCCAAGCUGGGUUAUAUGCAUCAUUUCUGCCGCCGGCCUGAAAAAGUUGGAGGGAGAGAUAUUACUCUAUAUACACCCCAAGGGCUCCAAAACCCG